GCCUCUCACUGGAGGGAUUCCUGGAGAAGCUGCAGUGUGGUGAUGCUCGGCAAGCUGCACAGCCCCCAGUGUCUCUCCUCCUCCUCCGCCCAGCCAGCAGCAGCAGCUGAAACUUGACACCCAACACAAAGCGAGCCCCACUGAGAGCAGGGGGCCAUACAAACCUGCCGGUGGAUGUGGGAAGGCUGCCACACACACACACCUUUUUGUAUUGCCGUCUCCUCCCAUGAGAGGCAGAGAGAGCGUGUGUGGCUCCUACUAGACAAGGAGGCGAGAGCACUGAAGGACAAACCGACUCCUCCUGCCCUGGUUGCCAGUGAAAAAGAAAAGGGAGCUUGAGCAGUGAAGAAUCUACAACCUGACCGGUACAUAUGUCACUCAAGAUUUCCCUGUGAAUAGAAAACUGCAUUGAUGCCGAUCAUAUAAGAAACCUGGACUCCUGAACAAAGAAAAGAGUUGAUCACAGAAUCUGUAUUCUGAACAUAGCUGUUUCCCUGGGAACGAAAAUGGUGAGUGAAAGUCGUCACGAGGCCCUGGCUGCACCACCAGCCACCACCAUUGCAGCUUCACUGCCAAUUAAUGUCACAGAACCAGCCAGUCCUGGAGCAGGAGGUGGAAAAGAAGAUGCAUUUUCAAAGUUAAAGGAGAAGUUUAUGAAUGAACUGAAUAAAAUUCCAUUGCCACCUUGGGCCUUAAUAGCCAUAGCCAUAGUUGCAGUCCUAUUAAUCCUUACCUGCUGCUUUUGUCUCUGUAAGAAAUGCUUGUUCAAAAAGAAGAACAAGAAGAAGGGAAAGGAAAAGGGAGGGAAGAACGCUAUUAACAUGAAAGAUGUUAAAGAUUUAGGGAAGACCAUGAAAGACCAGGCCCUUAAGGAUGAUGAUGCUGAGACUGGGCUGACUGAUGGGGAAGAUAAAGAAGAACCCAAAGAAGAGGAAAAACUAGGGAAAAUCCAAUAUUCUUUGGAUUAUGACUUCCAGAACAAUCAGCUUUUGGUAGGGAUUAUUCAGGCAGCUGAGCUCCCUGCUUUAGAUAUGGGUGGAACAUCUGAUCCCUAUGUGAAAGUUUUCCUGCUGCCUGAUAAGAAGAAGAAAUAUGAAACAAAAGUCCACAGAAAGACCCUUAACCCUGUCUUCAAUGAGCAAUUUACGUUCAAGGUGCCGUACUCCGAACUGGGUGGAAAAACCUUAGUGAUGGCAGUAUACGACUUUGAUCGUUUCUCCAAACAUGAUAUCAUUGGGGAAUAUAAGGUGGCCAUGAACACAGUGGACUUUGGUCAUGUGACUGAGGAGUGGCGGGAUUUGCAAAGUGCUGAGAAGGAAGAGGUAGGAAAAACAAUUGUCAUCUUUUUGGCUGCAUACUUUUAUCAUCGGCUGGGGAAACAGUCAAACUAG